CGUGUGCAAUAUAUCUAUCAUCCUUGCAGCGUUAUAGAAAUGUAAGCGUGCCCCCUCUUUUCGCUUAAUACAACAUGCCUCACAAAUAGUGUUCCUUUUUUUUUUUUUUUUUUAAACAACUGGUAACAUUCUUUUUUUCAUUAAAAUGUGUUACAGUGAAAAUUCGCUCAAAUGUCCCGCUUACUUAUGAGGCUAUCGAAAGGGAGAGCCUCAAGAUGUUCGUCAGGGCCAGGGCCGCAUUUUCCCUGUUCGUUCUGUCUAGCGCCACGUUAGCGACCUGUUCUGCCUUUCCAAAUGGCCACAUGGUGCGUCCGCUGGCGGUGGGAGCCCCCGCGAGGAAACUAGCCGAAUUGGCUCACGGCACAAAAAAAAGGGAUCCAAGCAGCGCGAAGCGGUGUAGUAAGCGGGCUGCGCACGAACACACAGCUGAAGCAUUAUCUAUCGAUUCGGAUGACGAUGAUUUUGCCUCAUCAGAAAUAAGCAAAUUAGAAUCGUUAAUAGAAUCUAACAGUUUCAAAUUAUUUAUAAAAAAUAAGUCCAUGAAUACACAGCUUAGGGAUUACAAUGGUAUAUUAAGUGAUAACCGCAACGAAAUGAUGAAAAAAUUGGCAAAGAAACUGACCACAUUGGCGUCACGGCAUGGCUUCCCAGAAAAGGAAAAGGAGAAAUUGUUGAAUGAAUGCAAAGAGGCAACUAACCAUGCCUUUAAAUUAUUGGAGGAUUAUUAUAAAAUUGUUCUUAACAGAUAUUCUAACAGAUGUAUAGCACUUCGCAAGAAUUUUCAAGUGGACCUAUGGACCUACGUGCUACUCUGGGAAAAGGCAAUAUUAAACAAGGAGAGGAAGUGGUGCGAUACGUUUACACGGAGGGUAAGCAAGUAUAAAAAGGGGGCCCCCAAAUGA